GCGCCAAGCUUCCGCUUCAAAAAACAAAACAUGGCGGAGAGGGACGCCGAAAUUUGCUUCAAGAAGGAAACAGUAAGCAAACUCUUGACUAGUUUCUUCAAAGAGGACAAAACCAAACUAAGUGGUGAUGCUGCGCUGCUCAUGGCAGACGUGCUGAAAGUGUUUGUCCAAGAGGCGUCUGUGAGGUCACAGAAACAAGCCGAAUCUGAGGACUGUGACCAAGUGGACAUUGAACAUUUUGAAAAGAUUCUACCUCAACUGCUUCUGGACUUCUAGCACAGUGAUGCCACUAGAUGGAGCCAGAGUGCUGCCAGCAUGUCUCUCCUACAGUUGCCACAGCUACAACUUUAGUUUUACUGGUGUAAAAUUAAACCUUAAUUUAAUGGCUACUCAAUUGUGAGACUAGAUUAAGACUGUCAGACUGCAGACUUUAUACAGGUUUAGGGAUUUGAAGAGAAAGUACCAGUGCCGCUUUCUUCUUAAUAAGGGUUAUUUUCUCUGAAAACAUACUUAUGCACAAUGAUGGUGGUGCCAGGCCGUUUGUAUGUCUGUUUGUGUGUAGCAGGAUCGGGUGCAUAACAAAUAUGAUAACCCACCACCAAAUAGAUUGAUUGGCAUGAAGUCUGGUACAGAUACACAUGACUCCAAGAGAAUGAGUCAGAAUGUUUUUGUGUUUCCCUGAAUUUUCCUGAUUGACUUUAACCCUCAGACAAAAUGGGUGUCUAUUGCUAUUUGAGUAAAAUUUGUUAUGGCUCAGUUAUUGAACUUGUUGCUAAUAAAUUUGGCGCUGGCCUUCGUGUCUGUA